GAAGUCCAUGAUUUUACACACACCUCAGUAUGGAUGCUGUUGUACGGCUUCGGUGCGGUGGCAUGCGGAAUUGUAGCCGGAUACUACAAGAUUGAAUUCAGCCUUGGUGCGCUGUACAUUGUCACUGCCCUUGCUGGACUUGCGACAAUAUCCAAAAAUCUGUGGACGGUUGUGGCGUUCCUGAUAUUGUGCGCCCUGUCAACAUUUGGAAGCGUAGGAGCUUGCGGGUAUUACAUCAACACGCUUGUAUCUGGUUCCUGUCACUUCAACGGAUGUUUGGAUGUCUUCAUUCCGUUGUGUAGUUUAGCCGGAAUAACCUUCAUGGCUUUAAUCACCUCAUUUGCCGGGUUGGUCUAUAGCUGCCAAGGAUGGUUCUCUGUUGAGGCUCGCAGACGAAGAACAUCGGUUGCUAACCGGGAACAGCCAGUAGUUGUCACUACAGAAGUUGAGAUGGGAUAGGCUGCGUACCCUUCUUAGUACGAUCAGGCUAUGCAUGACAAGAACUAAUGAAGUGUGUAAUCCUUUUUUUAAUAUGGUCUUCCACGGCAUCUUUGUUGAUCUUUAGGCAACAUAUUCUUAGAGGAAAACCUUUUAAUGAAUGAAUGAUUUUAGUCAAUACUGAGAACUAUUCCAAAAUGCCUUACGAUGAGUGAAACGAUUUUUUUUUAGCUAUCCGGCUAUAAGCCACACUCAAACUUUUGCUAAGCACCUCUCCUCUACAGAUGUCCACUUUUAUCUCUUUAUAGUGGGCCAUAUGUGAAUUCUCCAAUCUGAUUGGUCGAUUUGUUUGUGAGACAAACCCGUAUGUACCUAUACUGGGUCACAAAGAUCAAACAGGUGAUAUGAGCCCGCAUUACUUGUUUGGACUUUAGCUAUUGUUGUUUUAAUGUUGUUUCAUUGAUACGCGCAUGCCCAGUGCUGAUUUCAACCACGUAAUAUGAUGCUGCAUUACGUGCACAUUCAAGAAUCACGCUGCGCAU